GCGUGGGAACACAACGCAGUAGUAGUACGUACCGUACAUGUACAUGUAUGUACAUGAUAUAUUACCAGAAUUUGGCAGAAAGUUAUUGUCUUGUCCACCUCUCAAGUUGCGCUAUAAAUCUAGCAGAUUUAAAUGAUCUGUUUUCAACCAACUGAUUUCUGUGUCCAGUGUUAUCACACAGGCUGGAUUAUGCACACUGGACAUGGCCUGAUGCCACAACUUGAAUUUUUUCUUCAGCCCCUUCAGCUCUUUGCAUGCUGAAUGUGCACCGUACCAGAAACGUAUGUUACUGGAAUACCAAGCUUGUAGAAUGCUGAUGAUGGAGUAGAUUGAAAAGCGUGUAUUACAGUUGUGUGGACUUGUCGGGGUAGCUUGUUGGAUACUUUUGACACAUGGAGACACUCACUGUCAUAACAUGAACGUGGUGCGUGUGAACAAGAAAUCGCUCGGUGUUGCUGUGAUGCUGUUUGUUGUAGCAGUGGUUAUUGUGAAGUAUUUUCUGCGAAGUCAAGAUGGUUGGAGUGAGUCAAAGGAGGAGGUGUUGGAUUUCAAGAAGAAAGAGACGAUGGCGGACAAAUUCCUGGAGAUGGAACGAGAGAACCAGAUGCUCAGAAAACAACUCAGCAUCUCACAAGCUCAACUGCAGCAGACCUACGAGACCUACCAGAAUGUCAAAGUGAAUGGCAGUGAUGACACAGGCACCAGCAGCAACCAAUCAACCAGUGGCAGUCCCUGCCAAAACCAACAGCCAGCUGUGCCCAAGUGUGAGAUCAUUCACGUAGCUGUGGUCUGUGCGGGUCACAAUGCCAGCCGGGAAGUGACCAACCUAAUCAAAUCCGUCCUUUUCUACCGGAAGAACCCAUUGCAUUUCCACUUUCUGGUGGAUGAGGUGGCACAUAUCAUUCUAAAGACUCUGUUCCAGACAUGGGAUGUGCCUGGUGUUAAAGUCAGCUUCUACCUAGCAGAAGACUUCAAGAGUGAUGUGUCAUGGAUACCCAACAAGCAUUACUCAGGUCUCUUUGGUCUCAUGAAGCUACUAAUCACCAAGAUCCUUCCUGUUGAUAUUAAAAAGACCAUAGUGUUAGACAUUGACGUGACCUUUGCCACUGACAUCGCUGAGCUGUGGAGGAUAUUUGUUAAGUUGACUGGCAAGAAGGCCAUUGGUCUGGUAGAGAACCAGAGUGACUGGUAUCUGGGAACCUUAUGGAAGAAGCACAAACCCUGGCCAGCACUGGGGCGGGGUUUUAACACAGGGGUGAUGCUCUUUGACCUCUACAAACUAAGGGAGUUGAACUGGAUGCAGAUGUGGCGACUGACAGCUGAGAAGGAACUCAUGAGUCUUCUAUCAGUGUCACUUGCUGAUCAGGAUAUCAUUAAUGCAGUCAUCAAGCAACAUCCUUACAUUGUGCACCACUUGCCCUGUGCAUGGAACCUUCAGUUGAGUGACCACACUCGCAGUGAGCUGUGCUAUGCGGAGGUCACUGAUCUGAAGGUCAUCCACUGGAACUCCCCCAAGAAGCUGCGCGUCAAGAACAAGCAUGUGGAGUUUUUCCGUAACCUGUACCUGACCUUCCUGGAGUAUGACGGCAACUUGCUGAGGAGGGAACUGUUUGGCUGCGCAGAGGGAAAAGGGAAUGUUUCCCUUGAAGAAAAGUUUAGUAAAUUAGAUGAAGAUGACCAGUGCUACGAGUUUCGAAGAGAGAAAAUUCUCACCCAUAGAACACACUUGUACUACCUGGACUACCAGUAUACACCGAAACCAGAUGGUAAUGAUGUUACACUUGUUGCCCAGCUAUCCAUGGACAGGCUGCAGAUGUUGGAAUCAAUCUGUAAACACUGGGAUGGUCCCAUCAGCUUGGCCCUGUACAUGUCUGAUGCUGAGGCUCAGCAGUUCCUACGCUUCACACUUAGCUCUGAUGUAUUGAUGAAGCGCAAGAAUGUGGGCUAUCAUGUAGUCUACAAAGAGGGGCAAUUCUACCCUGUGAAUUACCUUCGCAACACUGCUUUGAAGCAGACCAACACUCCGUAUGUCUUCUUGUCUGAUAUCGACUUUCUGCCGAUGUAUGGAUUGUAUUCAUACCUGAGGAAAGCCAUUGAUAUGAUGGACAUGAAGUCAUCUAAGAAGGCUUUAGUAGUCCCAGCCUUUGAGACACUACGCUACCGUCUGACUUUCCCCAAAUCCAAGGCAGAACUCUUGCACAUGCUGGACAUGGGCACCUUAUUUACAUUCCGUUACCAUGUGUGGCAGAAGGGUCACGCCCCCACCAACUUUGCUAAGUGGCGGACAGCCACAACUCCCUACCAGGUGCAGUGGGAACCUGAUUUUGAACCUUACAUAGUCAUCAAAAUGGAGUGCCCAACCUAUGAUCUCAGAUUUGUGGGAUUUGGUUGGAACAAAGUCUCCCAGAUUAUGGAAGUUGAUGCACAGGGGUAUGAAUUCAUUGUCCUACCCAAUGCAUUCGUCAUACACAUGCCCCACACACCAAGUUUUGACAUAGCCAAGUUUCGCUCAAGCGAUCUUUAUCGGACGUGUCUGAAAGUUUUAAAGGAGGAAUUUCAGAAGGAUCUCUCCAAGAAAUACGGGUUUGCUGCUUUAAAAUAUGUCGCCGUGGAAACAUGAUAUUCGGGAUGUAGGGAUACUGUACUUGUAUUUUUGAAAAUUAGAUCGUUGACAUGCUCAUGUAUGUUAUACUGUGUACAUAUUUGGCUAAGCCCGCCUGUAGAUCUUCACAUUUUUAUCAAAUGAUGGUGCACACAAUGUUUCGCUUUCUCAAAGCAAUUACAACAAUAAAAAAUAUGAGAAAUGGACAUCUACAAGUCACUUUCUUACAUUCAAAUAACCCAAACUUAGGCUAACCCACACCUCUGCAGCUUCAUGAGCUAAACUGUGCAUGAAUGUGAUAGGAAGCUCUGAGGUCCCAAAGAAAAUCAUAUAUGUAGAAUAUGUUGAAUCGCCCAUUCCAGUAACAAAGUGAAAUUGUUGACAUGAAUUGUACACAAUAUGGUGGAACACCUCAGUAAACCUGUCUCAAAGCUGAAUGUACCUCUGUCAGUAAAUGAUCACACAUAAAAAUAAUGCAGCUCAAAUGAUGCUUUAGAUUUUAUACCCCAAAAUGCACUUGACUAUAAGCCUGGUUCCCAUAUCAAUGUUAGAAACGCAGACAGCAAGGCAAUGAAGAUGCAAAGUGCAAUGCAGACAUGGAAACGUGUCCAACGGAAGUGUCAUCAAUAACCCAGACAAAUGCAAACCAGCCUCAGAAGGAUUGGCAAGAUUGAGCCUGGUUCAACUUUGCCAACUGUUUGCAUUGAGUUGCCAAGUAGGCCUAUACAAACACACACACUCUGGCAUGAUGGGCAUACAACAAUGUCCCCCUCGCUUAGUAUUACACUGUGACCAUUUUCUCCUUGUUGCUAUUAACAUAUGCAGCCCCAAUUGUCAACGUAGCUGACCAUAAAUAAAAUACCCGAAACCGGAGUGUCAGUUUGGUUCCAAGGGGUGGUGUUUCCACCUGAAAAGGCAUUUUAUGCAAAUUUUUGUGGAUGCCAUUUUAUUAAUUUUUUUGGUGAAAUGUUAAAAAGUGUCUCUUCUAUAACUGUCUGCAUCUUGACGUCUUGUAUGUUGCCGGCGUUGAUUACGACCAUAUGAAAGCCAUGCUUUAUCUUGGAUUUUCAAACCUAGCUGUUUAAAAUAAAAAACCAGUAUGUAUACUUUGAAUAGGUCAUGUGCUAAAAUGGACCCUUUGUACAUGGUGUGUGUAAGGUCAUUUAUUUCAUGACAUACCUUUUAUUUUUUUUCAAGAAUGUAUGUCAUUGAGGGUGUCUGUAUCAGAAGCAAGCAUUCAUAAAAUAAUUGCAGUGUCCAAACUAUUCAGCUAUGGCUGGCUAAAUUAUGUAUUCAUUAUCCAUGAAAGAGUCUCUUUUUGGUACAGAAAUCUUCCACAAUGAAAUACAUUGUGUACUUGAUCAAUAACGUUUUGAAAAGUCAAGGCCAAAUAAUGUCACUGAGUGUAAUUGUAAAUUGGACUGACUUCACACCAGACUGUUUCCAAUGAACUCUCUACCAUUUAUUAUUCAUGAUUUUGAGUAACGCAGUUAAACAAGUUUCUUAGCAGUGGGAAUCCUGUCAGUAUGUUUUGGUUGGGAUAAUAUCUUUGUUUCUUGUUAUUAAAUUUAAUCUAAAGGUUUUUCUGGUGACUCAUUUCAGUACGGUAGUAUGUGUGUGACAUCAUUUUGCCUAAAAUCAUCAAGAGUGCUUGAACUCUUUUGUAUGAUUCCGAGUCUGUGCUACUUUUAAACACACCAAAAUACGAAGUGAUUUGAUGGCUGAAUCUGUAGUGUCCUCAGUCCUGCACAUUGAGGCUGCUUAUUAGAAUGUCUAUUUCAUACAUCUCCGGCUACCUGUCUGUACAGUGUAAAUCCAGAUCAUUCUGCUAGAUUUAACUUUCACAUUGUAACAGUUCAGUUUGCUCGUGUCCAGCUGUAGUUACCUGUUUCCAAAAGAAUAAAUGCCUGAUUCAGUUCACUGUAACAUUUCGAUUUUGCGACAAAACCACUCGAAGGUUACCAAAAAGAUUAUCCAACAGCCAAAUUUCCCAUUGUCCAAGGCAUUGUUACUACGUGUAUUGGCAUCGGUAAAUUUGAUUUAAGUUGGAACAAAAGUGUUUGCCAUUGCGACUAAUUAGGACCAACUAGGGAGUUUUCUUGAUAGCAGCAUUUUCAUACAACUCAUAACAACAGCAAAAUGUGUGUUUUCAUUUUAUGUGUUAAGGGAUUCCAAAGUGACACAGGUACAUGUAUCCUCAAGGGGGAACUGUAACCUUGUUAGGUUCUUGUGACGGAGAAGAUGGGACUAUUUCAUCCUUCACUCGCCCUGCAUUUGAUGCAUUUGAUGUGUGAUUAUCCACCGAAUCCCUCAUUUUGCUAUCACCUUGGUGGGGAGGGGGGAGCAGAGUGGCAAAGUGGAAGGGGUUGGAGAAAUGUAAAGCCGAAUCUGGAUGCUGUGAUAGCAUUCAAAUUACAUCAGGUGUUCUGUAAAUGCAAAAUUAAGUAACUGUUCAUCUUUAAGUCCAAUCAGACAAAGGCCUUUGUUCCUAUUCAUGUGAAUAAUAUUACUGCCCUUGCUUGGGUGUUUUGGAAGCUUUGUAUUUGUUUUCCUGGAUAAUUUUGUAAAGCUUUUAUUCUCAUCUGAAAAUUGUUCCUUUAAUUUUGAAAAUGAAACGAGAACAUUGUCUUUGUGGAAUUGAAUUCAUUGUAUCCAAAUGGAAGGACAUAGUUUGAAAUUGGCUUGAUCAACCAAUUAACUACAUAAGUCUUUUUUAUCUUGUCGAGGUGGAAUGAUUUGUCAUUUUAAUUUCUGGUUGGGUUUUGUAUUACAUGGACAAAAUCUUGGCCAGCAAUGCUUCAAACGCUCAUGUUUGUUUGCCGUCUUUAGGUAUACAUGUUUGUUGUUUUCGAAUUUCGGUUGGAUUAUUCACUUUUUGUAGGUUUUAAUUGCCUCGUCGCUCUGCAUUAUGUUGACUAAUUUGAGGAGACGCCCCCAAUGGGCACAUUCUGUACGUGCAUGUGGAGUUUCAUCCAUUCUGUUGGCAGUGGAUCGUGAUACCACUGUAGCAAUGGCUUUGCAUUUUGCUCGCGAAAAUAUUUUCAGUUAUCUAAUGUAUACAGUGUGUAAAUAUUUUCCUUUUUCAGAAGUUAUUUUAUACAGUUUCAUUGCGAAGGCCAAGGCAUGUUUUUUGUUAUACUGAAGACAAUGCGUUUGGGAAUCCCAGCGCCGUGUAGAGAGAGUUGUAACAUAGGUCAAGUUUGAUUAAGGUUAACCAUAGUAUCAUCUCUGAUUGAGCGCACGUUAGUCGAUGGUGGUUGGACUAAUCUGGUCAACUGUUCGGGACCAGCCUACCAAGGGUUGGUCGUGUCGUUAUUUGCUAUAAACUUGUUUUUAAUAGCACAGUGCAGAGAGGACCAGUUAUAAGAAUAAUGCUGGGAAAACAGUCACUAGUAAACGACUAUUUUCACUGUAAUUUUUGCUAUUUUGCCCUUCCUGAGUCAACCGUUUUCCCCUUCGACCUAACGACCUGACAACGGUUGACUAGGGUCGUUUUCACUUCACGUUCAACUUCACUUCACGAGCGCUAGGUCCGUCAAUAAUCAAACACCUAAUCUAGUUGUCCAUAAUUGAACUUGUCCAUAAGUGUCUCCACUGUUUGAAACCAAUUGGCAGAUGUAUGCGCCACGAUGUACAACAGCCAUACACUGUACUGUACACAUAAUGAAGAGCCAUUUUUAUUUUCAAAACGUGAACCGGUGUGAUACAGAAUGCACCCACGUAAGUAGGCCAAAAAAGCUGUCCACCGAGCUUGUGAAUAAAAGUAAUGCACUCAUCAAGAUGCAUUUAUUAGAGAGCUCCUAGAGCCAUGGAAUUUUGGAAUUGAAGAAAUAAGGCAAUGAAUAGCUGGCGUGCCAAGGAAUGCCAGUUAUUAUUGUUAUCAAUUUCUGACAAUGUCAGGGGUUGUGGAAAGGACUGUACAAUCCAUCGCCCCGGUUAAAGUUCAAAUACACAAAAUGUAAGAUUAAAAAUUAAAUGCAAUUUUAACAAUUAUUUAGAACAAAUAAAGUUCUGAGCAAUUUA